AGUUCAGACAGGUUCAUGCUGUAAGCUGAAGUUAUUAUGACCUACACCAAUGAAACACAGACGAAAGACUUCUUUAUCCUUGGAUUCCCUGGACUUCUACCACAGUAUCAUGGACCUGUGUCAGCCACUCUGUUUGUCAUGUACCUUGCUAUUGCUUUAGGAAAUACAUUCAUUUUAUCAUUUGUUUUCUAUGAGAAGUCACUUCAAAAACCAACAUAUCUGGUCUUUUGUCACCUGGCACUGAAUGACUUGGCAUUUGGCACUGUAACUCUGCCAAAAAUUAUAUCUAAAUAUUGGUUAGACAAUAGCAUUAUUUCAUUUUACGGGUGCUUUGCGCAAAUGUUUUUUGUUCAUUACUUAGGAGCGGCACAUUCUUUCAUCUUGUUGGUAAUGGCUCUUGAUCGAUUUAUUGCAAUCUGCAUCCCACUGCGUUAUCCUGUCCUAAUCACCAACAAAACCAUACUGCUGCUUUGUGCUUUUGCCUGGUUUAUACCAAUGUGUUUGAUGGUGAGUGUUGUACUUCAAACCCUCACUUUACCUUUCUGUAAAACAAAUGUCAUCGUUCAGUGCUACUGUGACCACAUUUCUAUUACAAGUCAGGCAUGUGGUGAGGAUGUUCAAACUGUUCAAGUCACUUCCCUGUGUGUGGCCAUGUUUUGUCUCUUGCUGCCUCUGGCAUUCAUCCUUUUCUCCUAUUUUUCCAUCAUUGUCGUCAUUUUGAAAAUGUCUAAUGCUGAAGGACGCUACAAAACCUCAUCAACUUGUACCCCACAAAUAUUCAUCACUCUUUUUUACCUGCCCAGAUGUUUUGUUUACGUGGCUAAUACUGUGGGAUUUUCUUUCAGUUUGGAUGUUCGCAUUUUAUUGGUAUUGUUGUAUAGUCUUUUUCCUGCUACUGUUAAUCCACUCAUAUAUUGUUUCAAGACUAAGGACAUCAAAGAAACUUUGAUGAAGAGGCUGAGAAAAACUAAAAUUGGAAUAGAGGUAAAACUUUCCUACAAAUGA